GCUUAUCUCCGUGAAAUCAUGAACGAACGAUGUGCGCAGCUGGCGGAAGUUGCUGGUGAGAAUUCGCAGCAGACAGCUUCUUGUGCUGAUGCUGCAAUGAAUUUGACAAGCGCAGUCAAUGAGAAAUCACAUGUCACUGUUGCGACGGAUAUAGUCGAAAAAGGAUCAAAACUUACUGGCCAGGACGGGGCUUCCACUGCAGAGAAUUCUGAGGUGAAAAGAGGUAAUGAACAAGCGAUAAAUGACACCAGACUGAAUGUAGUUCCCGCUGGACCCCUAACGCGCUGUGCUUUCGAUCAUCUGAAGAGCGGCGGAACACAGCGUCCAACUUCGACAACCAGAAAAAUUUUGACUGCUGAAGGUAGUGGCGUACCGUCAGAGCCGAGAACGCCGCCUUUUGCCAGAAUUGACGUGACCCAAAUGUUGGUUGAUAACGCGAGCAGAAGUGGCCCAGCAUAUCGUCGUCGUCCGAUUCGGCGUGGUCCCUUGGCGCCUUUUGGCAAUCACCGGUUUGACGGCGGCUCUGAAUCGAAUUCGGCCUCAUUUAUGGAAAAUCGGAGCGGCGGUUCAGCAGCUGAGAAUGUGCCGGAAAGUGAGAUACAUUCGGAACAGGCUUCAGGCACUAUUUAUUUAUUGCUUUAUUCCCGCAAUUCGAUGCUGCAAAUACUGGAUGUAUCGGACGUGACGGUGAAUACUCCGGCGAAGAAUCAUGAUGAAUCUGAAGCUUCCGCUUCUGUGGGACAUGUGGUAGUAGCCAAAAGAGUUCGUCCCAAGGAAGCUGCACAAGGAUUGCGUCGCUCGACGCGGAACCGUGUGGCCCCAUUUCGCCGUUGGCUCGGCGAAAAGCCAAUAUAUCGGAGGGACGAACAAGGAAAACAGCGUUCACGUGCCCGACGACUGCGUGAGAAUUUUGAUGCGAUAACGUCAGCAGUAUCUGCGCUGCGAUUGACACGGUGA